AUGUUUUAACCAAAGAUGAUAGAAAAUGAAAAAGAUAUUUGUUGUCAAUAUAAUCAUGGCUAGCCAAUACAUUUGGUUAUGCUUGAUCCAAACAUCAAAAUGAAAGAAAGAUUUUUGUGCAUUCAAUGCCUGGAAAAUUUUGAUAAAAAUGGGAGGACAAUGGGAUUUAAAAAAUUAAUUUAGCAUAUUGAGGAUGUUAUUGAGAAAAAGAUGAGCAAUUUAGCAGAUAUUACUUCUAACACAAUUCAAAAUAUCAAUAUGUGUAUAGCAAGCACAUAGGAAUUUAAGACAUAUUUUAUGAAAUUAUUGGAUUCUAUUAUUAGAAUAGCUGAAGAUUGGACUUAAGAUUUAUUGGUAUAAAGAUAAUAAUUGAAUCAAUAUUUUAAUUUGCCAUAAAAAUAAGA